UCGACUACUCGGUAACUGCCGACCCCCGCAUGCUGCUGGCGGUCCAGAGGCACCUGGCCGCAUCGCAGGACGAGAAUGGGGACACGCCUUUGCACCUUGCUAUUAUCCAUGAGCAGACGGCCGUGAUCAAGCAGCUGAUUGAGGUCAUUGUUAGCAUCCCCAGCCAGCAGAUCAUCAACAUCUCCAACAACCUCCAGCAGACGCCGCUGCAUCUGGCAGUCAUCACCAAGCAGCCCCAAGUGGUCCAGCUCCUGCUGCAAGCCUGCGCCGACCCCACCUUGCUGGACCGCUACGGCAAUUCCCUGCUGCACCUGGCGCUCCAGGCUGGCGAUGAAGAGAUGCUGAGGACGCUGCUGGCCCACCUGGGCUCAGCUGCCCCUUACCUGCUCCGCCUGCCCAAUUUCCAUGGCCUUCUGCCUGUACACUUGGCUGUGAAGGCAAAGAGUUUGGGCUGCCUGGACCUGCUGGUCAGGAAGGGAGCGGACGUGAAUGCAGUGGAGAGGCAGGGCGGGAGGACCCCACUGCACCUGGCCGUGGAGAUGGAGAACCUGAACAUGGCCACCCACCUGGUGAAGAAGCUGGGAGCAGAUGUCAACAGCCGGACUUUUGCCAGGAACACUCCCCUGCACCUGGCUGCUGGCCUGGGCUCCCCCACCCUCACCAAACUGCUCCUCAAAGCUG